AUGUUUGUUUUACAGAUUCUUCUGACGCUUUGUGCUAUUGUAUUGGCCAGUGAAGGCGAAGAUAGUGAACAAAAGAAAAGGGGUGCAUCGAAAGCUAGCGGUCUCAACGCUAUUCCAACUGGAUCACAAAAACCUGAUUACCCUUACAACUUAUAUUCCCAAAGUUCGGGACCAAGUAGUCCUAGUCAAACGUACCAGCCUUCUUCAUUUUAUCCUAAUCAAGCACCCAGUCAAUACUUCACACCAGCGAACAAUGAACCACCUGCUUCAAAUCCGUCAAAUACCCAAACACUUAACCAACCAACUCAUUCGCAGUUUGUUCCGAUAACUUUAUCACCGACUACGGGCUAUCAAUCAAAGUAUCAAUUCGUGCCUCAGAGACAAAUUGGAAACGUGCAAUUAGCUAUAAUGCAGCAGCCUACACUCCAACCUUCUAUCCUGCAAUAUCCUCACUCUUUUUUCUCCAAUCCUACAAACCAUUUAACACAAGGUCUGUUAAGUCAAGGGCAUCUUAGUUUCGGGCCUUCCUUCCAAACUCUCCCCGCUGGGCAUAUCAUUAGUCAACCGUCAAUGAUAGUUUUGCCUCAACCACAUACCAGUCUAUAUAACAACAUGGUGUACCCUGCCCAAUACUUAUAUAAUUAUAAUCCUUCCCUUUCCCAGCCAAAAUACGGUUAUUCCCCUUUUGCUCCUUCAACUUCCAAUGAAGCGCAAUCUAUUUCAAAAGGUUUGGUGAAAGACGAUAAUGGUACAUCACAGAAUAGCGAGUACCUUUCACCAGACUCCAAUUCAUACAAACAUACAUUUACAAGUCGCAGUACAUACCCAAAGAAAUAA